CAUUCUGAAUCUUCGGCAGAACAGCUGAGCGUUGUCUGUUGCUACCUACCGGCAUUCCAGUUCCAACGCAAAGUUUGUUGUUCGUUCCACCACGUGUACCGGUACUAUCUCUCAUGCCUGCCCUUUGUUUAUAUGGCUUAUUGUGAUGGUCGUGUGCAUCUUUUUUAUAUUCAUCUCUCUCGAGUGAAUUUUGAAAGAAAUAUCAUUCAUAGACUAAACCUUUUCUUCACGUCGUACCAUCAUGGGUCCCGACUCAAUUUGAAAUCCCCGUUCUGUCAUCUAUCGAAGAAUCUUUGAAAGACUUUGGAGCUCCUUAAAGACUUGUUCCUCCAAAAGUUGAGGAUUUUUUGUUUUGCUUUGUCGCUGGGAUCUGAAUUGAGAAGUUAAGAAUGAAGCGAAGAGCUUCUUCAGUCGAGGAGGAGGAUGACAGCUUUGGCUGGGUUCAUGCUGACUUUCCUUUUGGAGAGGAUGGUCUGUCGGGGGAGUCAUCGUCAGAGCACCAGGACUCUUCGUCCGAGUGCUACGACUCCGAAGACGACGACAGGGCGGUACGAGCUUUCCAGCAGGUCCUGUAUAUCGAUCCGGGGUUCAGCCGAGCCAACGAGGUCCAUCUACGCCUUGGUCACAUGUUCAAGGUGAACUCUGACUUUGAUUCAAGUCUCAAGCAUUACCAGUUGGCUCUGAUCGACAACAGCCCUUGUACUCUCUCAAAACCCCAAAUUAAAUUUCAUAUAGCACACUUGAACGAAGUACAGCAGAAUAAACACAAGAACGCCAAGGAAUCGUAUGAAGCUAUCCUUCUCCAAGAUCCCUUACCUGAAGGCCUGAAAGCUACGACUUUUAGACAACUUGGCUGGCUGUACCACAGCUCCGACCAGCUCGGUGACAAGACCUCCAGGGAGACUCUGGCCAUUCAGAACCUCCUCAAGUCGCUGGAAGUCGAGCCCAACAGCGGCCAAUCCUGGUACCUCCUGGGCCGUUGCUACUCCAACAUCGGCAAGGUGCAUGAUGCCUUUGUCUCGUACCGCCACUCCAUAGAUAAGUCAGAGGCCAAUGCAGACACCUGGUGCUCGAUAGGUGUCUUAUACCAGCAGCAGAACCAGCCUAUGGAUGCGCUGCAGGCCUACAUCUGUGCCGUGCAGCUAGACAAGUCCCACACAGCAGCGUGGACCGACCUUGGCAUCCUUUACGAGGCCUGCAAUCAACCUAGGGAUGCGCUGACGUGUUACAUCAACGCAUCGAAGAGCUCCAAGGUGGCGGUGGCAUCGGCGCUCUCCAAGCGGAUUAAACUCCUGCAGGCUCAGGUCAAUACCAUGCAUCAUCCCAAUAUGCAAAACAAGAGUAAGACACUGCCUAGUAUUGAGGAGGCAUGGAGUCUUCCUAUUCCUGCUGAGCUUACCUCUAGACAAGGCAACCUUGCAAUCCAGCAGGCCCGUCUGCUGCACCCAGCCGGAGGCACCAAGAUGAUGCCCCCUCCCCCUUACCCUGGCCAUGUUGCUAACAGCCAGUUUGGUGCCACUGCUGGUGCCGCUGGCCAACCCAACAGCACCCCAUCCUCCCAAGCUCAGGUCAAUGCGCAGCCAGGCAACCCAGCCAAGCGCAGGAAAAACUCAAACAGCAAGAAAAAACCUCGGUCUUCCACCUCUGUUGCUGAACUGCUGCAACAGCAGCAACUACAGCAGCAGCAGAGAGAGCAGCAACAGCAACAGCAGCAACAAGCAGGCGGCCUGGCAACCCCUCAGCAACCGCAGCCACUGCAGUCAACAGGUCAAGGAACCCUUCCAGGCCUGCCUAACAGUGCAGGGAGCACACCCGAACCAAUCGCCGUCGGUGGCAGCGGUGGGAUGACACAGCCAACAUCCAAUCAGCAGCAGCAGGUCUCGACGCCUUCCUUCUACCUGACGGCGCAGCAGGUCCAGCUGAUGCAUCAGUUGCAGCAGAACCAGGCAAGCCUCACUCCGGAGCAGCAGGUUGUCCUGCAGCAGUUCCAGCAUAACUUCUGGAUGAUGCAGCAGCACCAGCAGCAGAUGCUGAAGCUUCAACAGCUUCAGAGGCAGCAGCUACCGCUCUCCCAGUCUCCCUCGUUGCCCCACCAGGGUACCCCUGCUGGUACACCCACUUCAACAAUGCUGCAGGGGCUGACACCAGGGGAUCCCCACAACACAUCAGCCCAAUCCAUUAGUAGCCUUAUCAGCCAAACUAGUAUCAACACCUUGCCGGGUUCAGUGAAUUCCAUGGGUAACGGAAUCCCUAACAUGACUACGCAGCCUGGAAAUGCCUCCAGCACGGUUGCCAGUCUGUUGCAGCAGCAUCAGCAACAACAGCAGCAACAAGGUGGAAGUCAGGGCCUCAACGCGCUUGCCCAUCCCCACCAGGACGUCAAUGUUUUGCAGUCCGUCUCGCCCGACUUCUUCCAACUGCAGAAGUCCCAACCUCAGGAGAUGACGCAGGGAUUGUUCAAUAAUCAGCUCCUCAACAGCCCCAUGCAUUCAGGGGUAUCACAGGCAUCUAUACCAGGGGGAGUACCCUCCCCUCUGCAUACUCCAAAGGGUUUACUUUCUCCUGUGUCAUCCAAUGCAAUGAGCCCUCGUCACGUGGGUAGUACCCCGACCUCGCUGGAUUUUCCUGCUCCUAACGUGGUGGCCCCACAGAACCUUGAUAUGAGUCAUAAACUAAAGGAAUUCAAAUCUAGAACUGGCGCUUCGGAACUCAGACCGAACCUCAUGUCGCCGCAGGAAAUUGCGGACAACAUGCUUGCCCAGCUCUCGCAGGGGGAUCCCGCCAGCAAACCUGCGACCUCUUCCGCGUACGGGUCAUCCCCGACACACCGGACUGCUCAUUCUUCUUUACCGAGUCAUACUCCAAACAGGACAAACCUAGAUAUGCCUUGUGUUGUGGGUGGUGCUGCUAGCGCGCUGUCAACGAAUGCGGACGGCGCGAAAGACACUGUGUUUAAGACGCCACUUCCCGUUUCCACGCCCAACCAGUUUCAAUCACCAUUCCAGUCGACUCUUGCUGAGAAGCAAGUGGCAACGGGGGCGACGAAUAGCACGUCCUUAAUGGAUGGAAUUCAGAGUUCAUCAGAGUUGUCCAGUGAUCUCCAAGCAACACAGGGUAACAGGCAACAAGCCAAUGAUACGGAGGCUAUGCAACAGAACCAUGUCUCAGACAGUGCUUCUUCAAGGAACUUUGAUCAGGUUCUGAGUGUGAACACCUCUCUCAACUCUUCCACGGUGAAGUCCCUGACGUCCGCCCCUUCCCCCUCCUCCCUCUCCAUCUACGUCAACUCGGCAAAGAUCCUGGAAGAAUGCCGCAAGCUGAAGGGACGCAACGGCCUGGCCAACAGCAGUAUCUGGAUGGAGAAGAUGCCUCCACCGGCCCCACCCCAGGUGCCCUAUCCGCCCCUCCCCAAGGAUCAACUGAACCCUCCAACACCAAGUGUUUAUGUCCAAAACAAGACCGAGGCCUACUCACAAGCCCUGGCAGACUACUGCAUGUCGGCAGAUCAACCCAUCACUGUCAUCCGGGGACUGGCCGCCGCACUCAAGCUGGACUUGGGACUCUUCUCUACCAAGACUCUGGUGGAGACACACGGCGACCAUCCUGUAGAGGUCAGGUCACAGAGGCAGCAGCCGCCGGAUGAGAAUUGGGACGCGCUUGGUCUGAAGAGGGUCUGGCGUUGCGAGAGCAGUAGAUCCUUCACCACCAUCUCCAAGUAUGCCCAAUACCAGGCUUCAUCCUUCCAGGAAUCACUCAGGGAAGAGGCAGAGAAAAAUCAGAAGUACAAUUCAGAUAGUGACUCGUCAAGUACGUCCAAAAAAAAAAAGAAGCAUUCUGGAGGGAGAGAAUUCAAGAUGCUCAAGUUUGGGACCAACGUCGAUCUGUCUGAUGAGAGGAAAUGGAAGAAACAGCUUCAGGAGUUGACGAAGCUGCCGUCCUUCACGAGGGUGGUAUCGGCGGGUAACAUGCUAAGUCAUAUAGACUUCACCAUCCUUGGCAUGAACACUGUACAACUCUACAUGAAAGUACCAGGGAGUAGAACACCAGGUCACCAAGAGAAUAAUAACUUCUGUUCUGUGAAUGUAAACAUCGGACCAGGAGACUGUGAAUGGUUCGCUACACCUGCCUCAUACUGGGGUUCUAUCUACAACCUUUGUGAAAGGGCUAACAUCAAUUUCUUGAAAGGGUCAUGGUGGCCCGUCCUUGAGGACCUGUACGAAGAGGACAUCCCUGUCUAUCGGUUCAUCCAGCGACCCGGUGACCUUGUAUGGGUCAACUCGGGGACCGUCCAUUGGGUCCAGGCAGUGGGAUGGUGCAAUAACAUCGCAUGGAACGUCGGCCCGCUCCUGACGCACCAGUACCGGAUGGCGGUGGAGCGAUACGAGUGGAACAAGCUCCAGCAGUACAAGUCCAUCGUCCCCAUGAUCCACCUGACGUGGAAUAUCGCCCGUAACAUCCGCAUCUCAGAGCCGCGCUACUUUGAGAUGGUCAAGUACUGCCUGCUGCGGUCACUCAAGUACAUCCAGAUGACCAAGGAGUAUUUGAAGGACAUGGGUAUAGAGGUCCAUUGGCAUGGCAGAGCAAAGAACGAGGCUGCUCACUACUGCACCAAUUGCGAGGUGGAGGUGUUUGAUAUUCUGUUCACGACAGAGAAAGAUAAGAAAUAUGAGGUCCACUGCCAAGACUGCGCCCGCAAGGCAAGUCCGUCACUAGAGGGCUUCGUCAUUUUGGAGCAGUACAAGCAGAGCGAGCUCAUGGAAAUCUAUGACAAUCUCCAACUCCAUGACAAAGAGGAAUCUGAGUCAUCGCAGAGAUCAUGACAACUAAUGGAGCAGCUAGGGAGCUGCCCCACCCACCCGGAGCGCUAGCGAUCUCCACGCCCGACGGGAGAUCGACAAGGCGUCUUCAACGAUGGAGGAGAAAUCACUCAACAUGCUGCCAGACACCCUAUGUUCUUGAACUCACCCAACUCCAUUUGUGUUCCUUUUUACUCUCCGUACCCAGGAGUGUGACUAUAAUAGGAUAGAUCAUCCCGUUGCAUAGCUGUGUUUCGUCUCGUCUGUAGCCUUCAGGCAUCCUCUUUUGCUGGAUGCUGUCUCCGACAUUAGAAAUGAAGGGGACAGAACUAGUGGAAUGAGAGCGAUGCGUAGUCUCCAUAAUUAGACUUCAUUGAAUCAUCAUGAAAACAUCCCGUUUAUUAUCAAUGAGGUCUGAUGGCCCCCUCCCCUUUCCCUCUCAUCAGUAUAUGGUCAAGACAUGGUCUGAUAUGUAAUAAGGUACAAGUUCUUUUAUACCAUCUUUUUACUCUGUUGUCUUCGUGAAAACUGUACACUGUCACUGCCGUCGGUACAGGCGUGCGUACUCGUUUACUUGUAUACUUGUUUAUAUACUGAUGUGUGGUCGUAGGUUUGUAUUCUCAAGGCAGGUAUCAUCGGAAAGAUCACCUCUCUUUAUACCAGUUGCCAUUGCUUUGAUCUAUGCAAGCUGAUGCCAUGUCUUACUACAUAAUCUUCAGUUUUGUACUUUUUUCCAGGGGCGGGCAAGUGGCGGGCACAACUACACAGUAGAUGCUGCAUCAAAUUGUAUGUUAUCUGUGAAUAGGGUGCAAAACCCCCCACUAUAUAUAUCAUACCCAGGAAGCAAGGAGCUAUUGACUUACAAUGUAUACACCGAUGUGUUGAUCUGAUUGGCUAUUUGUACCCUUUUUUAGCUGC